UGACAACCAAACACAAUACAGUCCCAAUUUAUCUUGUCCCUGCUCUACGGCUUACUUUUCUUGUUUGGAGAAGACUGAAAAUUCUACAAUCUCAAGCUUAGCACAACCAAUUCAGCUCAGGUUACCUGAAGGUUAAGAACUCAAAAUACUUAAGGUAGAAGCCAUCAGCUUGAAAGAACUACAGAUGGACAAGGGUGCUACUCUUGAAGCUGGCGAGGGCAGAAAUAGCGUUCAACUCGCGAAAUCAGCGUCUGACAAAAAUCUUGACCUUUUGAGACCGUCAGCUCGAUGUUAUUCAGUGUCUAAAGGGAAAGCAGGUGAUGCAGAAGAUCGUGAGAAGGGAAAGUAUACCUUGAUUAGAGAUCUAGAGGACCUUCAAACAGGGUUCUAUGAUAAACCUCUUCCUUGCUUUGGUUGUGGAGUUGGAUGGUUUUCAUUUCUACUGGGAUUUCUAUGCCCGUUGAUGUGGUAUUAUGCCACGAUACUUUAUUUCGGAAACUACUACCGUAAGGAUCCUAGAGAACGUGCAGGGCUUGCUGCAUCUGCUAUUGCUGCAAUGGCGUGUUCUGUUGUGUUGCUAAUUAUAGCUGCAACUCUCUUCUUGUAGCUUCUGUGAUGCCAGUUUCAUGCUAGCCAUAGCUAUUAUGACCAAGACGUGAGAAUUUUGGUGUUGUUUUCUAGUCAAGUCAAAAGCCAUUACUCGGGUCCAAACUCUCCAAUUGUAAAUGCUUUACGAAGAAAAAAAAAUUCUUAGACAGAACCUGUACACAUGAAAAUCUAUACCUCCUCAAGUGUUCAUCCAGAUUUAUUAUUGAAAUUCCUCGUUUGUAUGCAUGUUUUUCCAUGUUAAAAGUGCUGUAAUAAUAGUAUAAUACUAUAUAUUCAUGUGUAAGACAAGUUAAACAGACUCGAUCAUCUCCCUUUUUCAGAACGGAAAAGAGAAUCUAAAUUGCUAUUCUU